AUGUCAUCACAACCAACUAUUUUGACAGUAAUACAUAGUCUUCAAAGUCCAAUCCCUCAAUAUGUUUUGGGAAUUUUACCAGCCAUAACAAUAAUUGGAACUACACCGCGCGAAAGUUUGAAAGCGAUUUUAGAUAAUUGGGUAGCGGAAGCAUCUUUAUUAGAUAGACUGGCAUCAUUAGUAUCAGCCUAUUACAUAUUGAUUGGUAUAUUUGUAGGUAUAUCUAAAGCUGCAGGGCCAUGUAUGGAAGAUAAUUCUUUAGAAGAUUGGCCCUUUAUACCAACAUUAUUCAUUUGGACAUUACCCAUAAUUUACCUAAGAAUAAAAAAUGGAAAAGUAGUAGACAGAGUGUCACCAGAACUCUUAAUCAAUCCUAUACCGGUUAAAGAUCUCAGCCUAGAUAAACUUUAUAACAAAAAAACUCAUGUUGCGAUUACUGCAUUAGCUUCAGUAACACUACCUUG